GUGAGCUCAGUGAGCGUUCCAGUGAAUUGAUCUGAUUUCAAAAUGUCCGCUUUUAUUCGCAUAUCCAUACUUGCAGCCGAGCUUUUUUGAGUCAUUUGACAGUUGUAAUUAUGACUUAUUAUGAACUAAACACCACAAUUUAUUAAAGGCGUUCUAAAACACUAAAAACACGAAUAAAAUAUGAGCCAAAUGGAACGAAUCAACUGAUCUUCGUAUAUUUAUUUAACGUCAAAACACGUGGUGCACAAUAUUCAGGUUACAUCAUGGCGGACAAGGUGAAAGAAUUUGCCGGGCGAAUGGGCAACGCUCCGCGAGGAGUUUCGUUGGGAUUUAAAUUGCUGGCUGGUGCCGCUGCUUUAGGUUAUGCUGUAAGGGAAUCUCUGUACACUGGUGAGCAAUUUUACUGAGAAAAAAGUGUAGAAUUAGGAGAAAUUUAAUGACAAAAUAUUUCAUCAUUUAUAGUUUCAUCUGUUGUGUAAUUAUUAUACAUCAAAUAUAACAAUUUCUGGUAGAAUCAGAAGAUCGAUCGGUCGUUAGGACUGAAAUCUGAUCCCAAAAAAUCUAAAACGAUCGAAAAUAUCAAGUAAUAAUAACCAUUUGAUCAUUAAUUGUUAAAUCCAUUUGCUAUAAAUUGCCAUGCAUUUUAUUAAAUCACAUAGUUAAUUUCAGCCUUUUCUUAUACAGUGAGGCUGUAAAUGAUUAGAAUCUAAUUUUGAGAAGAUCAGAUCGAAACAAUCGAAUAUACAAAUCCACCAAGUCCUUGUAUUUGGUGGGAGACGCCCACAUUUUGGAAACAUUUGGGGUGAAUAGGGAUAUACAAAUCUGCCCAAAUUUGAAGCAAAAUCCACGAUCCGACAAUGGUCUUAUCUAAAUUUGAAUCUGCUGAAAGCUCUACUAUGAAGUCACAAUCUAGGAUCUGAACUAAAUUGCAAGCUGAAUCCACAAUCGGAGCCAAAAUAUUAGAUAAAUCCGCAAGUAAGAUCCGCAAAUCCGUGUAAAAUAUCAACCUCGUUCCCAGGGUCUUUAGGAAAGACCCUGGUAUCGGCUGGUCACGUGCCUCGUCCAAAAUUGAUUGCCCGAGGGGGGUGUGGUGAAAGUAUCAAAUUACAAACAGUUAAAAACAUAAAUUUUGCGAACUAUUACCAGUGAGUUCAAAAUACUUGCUAAUUUUUGUUUAUUUUAUUUGCAUUGAAUUUACUAGAACAUUCUUACAUUUUUACCAACAAUCAAGUCAAGAAACCAAGCAAAUCGUUACUCGCAGUGCUCUCUCGUGUUGUUUUAUUCAAUGCUCUCUUCACACUCGAGCGCGGUUUUAUAACAAACGUUUAUGGGCCUUUCAGUGGUCACCAUUUCUACAUAUCUAAUGUUUUUAAAACAAGCAUUAGAUUUGUCCUUUUUUGUAAACGUUGCUAUGCUUUGCACGUCUUGUUUAUAAGAGAAAUUAAAGAAACAGUAUUGUAUUGUAUUGUAUUGUAUUGUCUAGGACUAGAGAGAGCCCAAUAUCAGCAAAUGUAAACAUUUGAUACUAGCCAAACAGAGAAAUGUCUGUCAGUGAUUUAUCUUUAAAAUUUUGGAUUUAGUACAUAAUUCGUAUUCAUUAAUUAUAGUAAGGCUUUAGCCUUUUCCUUGGUCAGAUAAUGUUUUCCUAAUAUGCACACAACUAGGCUAUAAUCUACAUCACAAAUUUACAGUGUCAGACGCGCACAGACUGCCAUACGAAUACACAUAAAUUUUCGAGUUUUCUACUUCUACUAAGGCUACUAACAGUUUUCAUUGUGUCUCAAUCAUCUGUUUAUUUCUAGUUCAAUAAGUUCAUUUAUAUUUCUAUAUUUAUUUGAUAGUGGCAUAUAUAGUGAUACAUGUAGGCUAUUUACACACAAGCAAUCCUGGAUAUGAUAGAGACGAUACAAGCUGUCCAUUAAAAAAUAACGGUAUUCUAUUUCACAAAGCAAAAAAUUUAAAUCUCACUUGUAUUAUUAAGAAUAUAUAUAAAGCAGAAAAUUAAAGCUUGUGUCAAAACGAAAGCUGUUUAUAAAAUUUAUAAAAUUUGUUUAUAAAAUUUGUUUUAUAAAUGUGGUAUAAACACAGUAGUAAACAGUAAGACAAAUAUAUUGUCGUUUGACUUAUCUUUGAUGUAUGACUUUACUGUAAUAUUGUAGAUUUUCAACAGACAGCUAUAGACUUUGACAUAUACCAUGAUUGUUGAGAUCUUGCAGGAAAUUUUAUAGUCUUUUGACGGGAUUUAAGUUUUGUGAUAAGGCCUUUUAAUAUAAUCAACAAUCUCGAUACAGUUGGCGUCUUGGCGAUAUUUCGGAAAUCAAAAGAUCUCGCUAUUUCGUUCCAAUUCCACAUCUCAUCAAUAAAUAUAUUCUUUUGGUCCAAGUAUCAGGAUAUACUUUAAUACUAACAGUUAAAUAAAUAUAAACCACAUUGGUCAGUCUAGAGAUAUGAAUUUUCUUGUAGGCUUAAUAUUGCCACGCCGCCCAGGCGUGCUUUCUUUGUAAGUUGAAAUCUGAUCCAACUUGCUUGAAUUGUAACUCGACACUAGAUUAUAGAGCAGAAAGUCACAUCACGAUAAAUAUUAAUUUUUAAUUGCAGUUCUCUUCACGAUUUCUUGUUGCAAAUUUAAAUUUCAUCACACAGAAUUGCAAAUAUUGUUACAAACGCGACAAACACGCUCCUCUCCCACCCUGCCCAUAGUAUCAUUUUAAUUUAUCACCCAGAAUCUGGGUGACACGUGACCAGCCGAAACCAGGGUCUUUCCUUCGCCACGCGCCGUUCUAAGAAAGACCCUGGGAACGAGGUUGGUAAAAUAUUCGCCAGAUCUGAAAUCCGAACAAUUUUUUCUGUGAAAUCCAACGAUCCGAAAACCUAUUCACCCCUUUUAUAACCCAUCACCCUAACAUAUGAAAUUGUCUGGUGUUAGACAGAGUAAAAUAAUAAAGUAGGAUGCAUUGGGGUGCAAUGCAACUUAAUGGGUUACCUAGACACGUGCUAUACAUGGGCUGGUGAUGGUCAGAUAGUCUGGUUAACUCGUUCUCCCCCCAUGGUGAAAAGUUGGGAUGUUGUGCCGAACUACAUUCGUGUUUUUUUUUAUCAGAAUGAUUGACGGAUUGAAAUAUUAAAUAAAAUACAUCUAGUGUAUCUGAUCCAACUAGCACACAGUUUUUCUCGUUCAAUUGAUAAAGACAUCAAGCCAUUUGUAAUAUUUUAGUGGAAGGCGGUCAGCGAGCAAUUAUAUUCAGUCGUAUUGGUGGUAUUCAGAAUGAUAUUUAUUCAGAAGGACUUCAUGUUAGGUAAUGUUUUUUGUAAGGACAUAGUUUGUAAUUUUUCAAAUUUUUUUCAAAUUACUUUUAUUCUCCGUUAAAUUAAGAACAUUUCAUCCUCUUGUAUUAUAGGAUACCAUGGUUUCAGUACCCAAUCAUAUACGACAUAAGAUCACGACCAAGAAGGAUUACCUCACUGACAGGAAGCAAAGGUACAUAUUUCUUAAUGUCUUACUAAAGAAUUAAGAUAUGUGAAAAUGUGUGACUUUUAAUUAAAAUAUAAAUGCCCAUUUUCACCAUGCAUCCACGUCUGCAGGAUCAGAAUGUGAAUAUAUGACUUUCAAGUCAAAUGCUGAUCUGACUAAAGUUGAAAUAUCUAAUUAUGUAUUAAAUUCAGACCACAGAGAACUUCAGUAAAUCACACAAACCUGGUAAUCUGCUACUAAUUGCAUUUUUGAUGUUUCUGUUGAUUUGUAUCUGGUGAUGAAAUGAUGAUGUAAUUUGCGCCUGAUAAGCAAGUAUGGUGAAUGGUAUGCCUGCCGUUCUUUUGGCCAGCUUGUCUUGGUGAUGACAUUUACACUACUGAUCUCCCAGAGUACAAACACUGGAAUUAACAGAUUCCAAUUUCAAAUAAAAUUGUCAAAUAAUAUUUAGGGUACAUACUAUAUCCUUGCAACACUUAAUUAUCUGCUACCCAAUUUUUCUUGAGCGAAGUUUUGAAGUUGAACAAUCUUUUAUGCAGUAUAUAAAAGUUACAUUUUUGGCUGAUCUAAAUUGUGAAAUCGCUGGCUAAACGUAAUUGUGAAAAUGGUGAAUUUUUUACUGUAGCUAAAACCAUGUAUGCACUGUAUGUGUAUAUAUGUUAUGAAAUUGCAAGGACUGAUGUUGGGUUUCUGUGGUGUUGGGUUUUGUAAAAUAUGUAUUAAUUAAAAAUUCCUUAUUUUUCAAUGUUGUGUUUAGAUUUGCAAAUGGUUAAUAUUGGAUUGCGGGUGUUAGCAAGACCCAUUUCAAGCAGUCUUCCAAAAAUGUACCAAAAACUUGGACUGGACUACGAUGAACGAGUUCUACCCUCAAUCAUGAAUGAGGUAAAAAUUAGUUAAAAAAACAAAGCAAGCAUAUAUGAGAUGUUGCAAUAGUUGUUAAAUGUUGAAAAAUGUGAAGUACUGAUCCUAUGUUUGAUUUUUUAUUCAGGUUUUAAAAAGCGUGGUUGCCCAGUUCAAUGCAUCACAACUUAUUACAAUGAGACAGGAGGUAAACUUAUCAAUUAUAAUUCAAAUCUAACCCGAUGUUAUGUCUGUUUGGACUGAAAUACCUGUGCAGAAUCUUGCCACACUGUGGGUUGGUUUGAAAUCAAGGUGAACUGCCAUCGCAGUGUAAAUAUAGUAAAAAUUGAACAUGAUUUUAGUUACGAUAGCCUUUGCUAUGCCUCUGCGAGAGUAUAAUAAUAACAGAACAAUGUACUGUAUCUUCAAAAUGAAAUGAUGAUGUAAUUUACACCUGACAAGCAAGCCUGGUGAAUGGUAUGCCUGCCGUUCUUUUGUCCAGCUUGUCUUGCUGACGACAGUUACCCUACUGAUCUUUAACUAGUAAAGAAUAAAAUGGGAUAAAUUGGUUUUUAUGUCUACAUUAGCAAGGGAACCAUCUUUCUAAAAUUAUAUACCUGGUCCUCUUUUUCUUCCAGGUCAGUUUGUUGAUCCGACGAGAGCUCACAGAGAGAGCCAAGGACUUCAAUAUUAUCUUGGAUGAUGUUUCCAUUGUAUGUACCUUAUAUUUUUCCUAACAUCUUUAUUUGACUCUCUUAAUUGGUUAUUCUUUUGUCGACUGAGGAAGUGAUGAUGUAAUUUGCGCCUGAUAAACAAGCAUGGUGAACGGUAUGCCUGCUGUUCUUUUGACCAGCUUGUCUUGGUGAUGACAUUUUCACUACUGAUCCUCUUUUUGCCAUAAUUAUAAGACAAUUUGGUGCUGAAUUAUAUUGAGUACUGGGCAAUGAAAAAUUAUCCUGAUUGUUUUGACCUGACUUACUGUAAGUAUCCUUGAGUAUCCUUAAAUCUUUGGACUUUUUUAGACUGAUUUGAGCUUUGGCAAGGAAUAUGCUGCAGCCGUUGAAGCCAAACAAGUUGGUAAGAAAACAGUUACGAUAGUCUUAUUUAGGCAUGCCACAAAUCCGCCAAAGUUAGCAAAACGUCUCCGAAGAAGGACUAAAUGCAAUGUAUUAUUUACUAAAGCUCAACAGGAGGCACAAAGGGCAGCAUUUUUAGUAGAAAGAGCUGCACAAGAACGACAACAGAAAAUUGUUCAAGCUGAAGGAGAAGCCAAAGCUGCUAAACUUGUAUCCUUUUACAUUUUUCAAGUUUCCAUAGAAAGUUUGCAAUGUCUGUUCUUACAAUGAGUUUUUGGUGGGAAUUUAUAAAUUCUGGUUUUAAUAUGCUCUUUUUAUGUUCAUGUUCAAAAUUUCCUUGACAUGAAGCAAAGCUCGGAGAUGCUUUGCAAGACAAUCCUGGCUAUCUAAAACUACGAAAAAUUACAGCAGCCAGAAAGAUUGCCAACGUUGUAUGUACUUUAAUUCAGUAUUUCGCUUAUUGUUAUGUAGGACUGCUUUUUACUUUGUUUUAUUCAUCACAGGUUGCUAAUUCAAGAAACAAAGUGUACCUGGAUGCCAACAACCUGUUAUUGAAUCUUAGGGAUGAUGCUACUGAUAAGUAUGUUAUAUUUAUGUUAGUUAUCCAAUACAUCCUUCAAGAGAGUACAGUACAUCAGAGUAACUUACAAUAUGUUUUUUUAGGAAUAUUGCGGUUGAUAUUUAACAAAAUUAUGCAGACAAGAAGAUAUCAAUUUUAUUGCAUCACAGGUGGUGAGAUUGUACAUUCAAGAUCCGAUCACAAGAACCAGACACCACUGUAAGUACUGUAGUUUGCCUGGUUCCAGACUUGAACUUUUAUUGAAGAAAAAUAGUGAUCAAUGUAUCUUCUGAUAAAGAUUUGAUAUUGAUUUGAAUUUGCCAGAAUAAAUGUGUUAUAUCUAGUGUUGAUGGUUGUA